CUUUUCAAUUUACUUACACAAUCACAAUCAAUAAGUCCAUUUUACGGGUUGUUGAGUGUACCGUUGUCAUGGUUCCCUGUCUUACACUAUAUCUACUGUUGAGUACAUUCUCUUGCGGAAAUGUCAAGAAGAGAGGAUGAAUUGAGUGAAAAAACUGAAGGGGAUGAAAACAAUCAGAGUGACGAUAACGAGAGUUAUUCAUACAGCGAUGAUUCUAUAUCUUCUGAUGAGUUUACAGAAGACUCUGAAGUAACCAGUGUUACUCGUACAUCAUCGCUCAGUGGAGAAAAGUCAUUUCAUAAUUCUAAUGAAUUUCCCGUGAGCACAAGUAAAAUUUCAAAUUAUCAGACACCAAGUUAUUCUUCAUUCAAUCGUGGUCAUACGUCUCCAACUGGAGUCAAUUGCGCUCGACGGAAAAAUAUGAGCUUUUCAAAUAUGGAAAUGAUGAAAAUAGAGAGGGAAAAUCAAUAUUUGCUGAGAAAAAUAAUGGCUCAACAGAGACAAAAAAAAUCUGGUGGUUUUUCGACAACAGCUGUACCAGUGCGAUUGGCAAGUUCGGCAAUUAAUCGUAAAAAAAUGCAGCGAAGAAUUGAUGAAGAUAAUAUUACAAUACUGAGAAAAAUUCAAGGAGCCAAAUCAUCCUCAUUGUCUGGUAAAACAACUGGUGUGUACGAAUCAACGUCAUAUUGAAAUGAAAAAUCCUCUUGACCAAAAAUCAUUGUAAUGAAUAAAUAUUUU